UCAAAAUAAAAAAUAAAAUAUUAGACAUGGGCAUCGAAGUUCUUCUGGGCUUGUAUUAGAAGGUUCUCCGACGUGGCCCAAAUCCAACUGGUCACCAGCAGCAAGUAGCUGAAGUAACUGUAACCAAGCAAAGCUCUCCUCUAGGAAGAGGUACUAACUAGGAUAAUAUGUCGAAGACAGGUGAGGUCGUAUGCGUUACCGGUGGAAGUGGCUGUAUUGGAUCAUGGGUCGUCCGCCUCCUCCUCGACCGUAAUUACACCGUCCAUGCCACCGUCAAAGAUCUCAAGGACGAGGGUGAGACGAAGCAUCUAGAAGCCCUAGAAGGAGCAGCGACGCGUCUCCGUCUCUUCCAGAUCGACCUCCUCGACUACAACUCCAUCUUCGCCGCCAUCAAUGGCUGCUCCGGCGUCUUCCACCUCGCCUCUCCUUGCAUCGUCGAUCAAGUCCAAGAACCCGAGAAGGAGCUUCUGGACCCGGCGAUCAAAGGAACGCUUAAUGUUCUGACGGCAGCGAAGCAGGCUGGGGUCAUUCGAGUGGUGCUGACAUCCUCCGUCUCCGCCAUCACUCCCAGCCCUCACUGGCCUUCCGAUAAGAUCAAGGGUGAGGAUUGCUGGACCGACAUUGACUACUGCAAGCAGAAGGGAUUGUGGUAUCCAUUGUCGAAAACUUUGGCAGAGAAAGCUGCGUGGGAAUUUGCCAAGGAGAAGGGAUUGGAUGUGGUUGUGGUGAAUCCUGGCACCGUGAUGGGCGAUGUCAUUUCGCCCAGGCUCAAUGCUAGCAUGGUGAUGCUAGUGCGCCUUCUUGAGGGCUGCACUGAAACAUACGAGAACUUCUUUAUGGGAUCUGUGCAUUUUAAAGAUGUAGCUCUUGCACACAUUUUAGUGUAUGAGAACAAAUCGGCCACUGGUAGGCACAUGUGUCUUGAAGCUAUAUCACAUUAUGGUGACUUCGUGGCCAAGGUAGCUGAACUUUACCCCGAUUACAAGGUUCCGAGUUUGCCGAAGGAUACCCAACCCGGGUUGCUGAGGGAAAAAAACGGCGCGAAGAAGCUAAUGAACUUGGGUUUAGAAUUCAUUCCCAUGGAUCAAAUCAUCAUGGAUGCUGUUGAGAGCCUAAAGAAUAAGGGAUUUAUUUCAUAAACGAAACUGAAGGAUAUGAAACUUAUGAAGAACCUACUUAUUGUAGAUGUGUUGAGGACGUGCAACCUAGAUGAUAUAGUUAAUGGAUUGUGUUUAAUUCUAUGUACCAGCCAUGCCUCCAUGCCAUCUGUAUGUGUAUAAAUAAGCAACAUUUGAAUGUUCAUAAUCUAUUCCGCUGUGGUAUUUGCCUAAAAUUAAAAGUUAA